CCCUUUGGAACGUUCACUGCGGGCGGGAACUUUUCAUGCUAUUCUGCACGAGUGCGAAGAGAACGAGGGAUGCGCUUGUGUCAAAGUGAGCAUGGAGGUUCGGAGCGAAAGGGCAUCUCCACGGAAGCGUCAUCUCGAGAAUGGAAGCAAAAAGUCUCAUGCAUCUGAGGGCGAGGAAGCGAACGAGAAGGAAACAUUGCCAUCCCGGUGUCCUGUGACAGCUAGACGUGUUCUGGAGGUCCGUUUUGUAGGAGACGAGAAUGUCAUCGACCACAUUUUCGAUAAAGGGGAAGGUCUUCCACUGAAUAAAACUGCGGUGAACGAAUUCCAUCCAGAAGAACAGCUGAAUGAAGAAUUGGGUUCAUGUGCAUAUGAUGAACGUGAAUACCUGUCGGCCCUUGGGACUGGUGCAGCAGAGGAUGAUGUCUGUGGCUCCCCAGGGACUGCUGGGGCUGAGGUCUUUACCUUUCAGCCAGCAAGGCGGACUAACAAGAUGUCCCAGCUGGCUUCUGAGAUGGCUGAAUUGGCAAGGACCCCCAGCAGAAAUGUCCGCUUUAGUGACCCACAUUCCUCUGAAGAAUUAGGCAGUCCCCCUAAAGUCCGCCCACGGCAAACAAAGCAGAACAAGACUCCCUCGAAGAGCAAAAAGCCCACAUUUGUUUCCACCACACCUCACCGACUACGAAAGAGACUCUCUGCUCCCAAUUUAAGAUCAGACAGUGACAGUGAACUCUCUGCCUCCAGUUCUGAAGAGGAGUCGGAAGCUACCGAAUCCAAACCUACAAACAAGCCGUCCUCCGCAGACAUCAGCAGAACGCCAGGAAAGAGAACGAGGAAGGCUGCUGAACCCAGUCUGGUUGAAGAAUACUUUGAGGCGCACAGCAGCUCUAAAGUGUUGACAUCAGACAGAACUCUCCAGAGGCUGCAGACUCCCAAACUGGACCAGGAAACCCUAUGGAAGCUCCUGGACGGUGCCAAACCUGUGUUCUCUGCAGAGCUGGCCACACUAAAUCAGGGGCACAAGCAGCUCUUUGGCAAGUGGAUGCUUCAGUUACAGUUUGGCUUUAGUAUCGUUCUCUACGGCCUUGGGUCCAAAAGGGCCCUGCUAGAGAGUUUCCGUAACUCCAUGCUGACCAACAUGGUUCAUCUGGUCAUUAAUGGCUUCUUCCCUAGCAUCACCAUUAAAUCGAUUCUCAGUGCCAUUACUGGGGACGUUCUGGAUUAUGAAGGCAGCUUUCGUAACCCUCUAGAUCAGACAAGCUUCAUCUUGGAGGCUCUUAAGAAAGAUCCUGCUCUCCAUAUUUUCCUAAUAAUUCAUAACAUAGAUGGACCAAUGCUAAGAGGGGAGAAGACACAGCAAAUCCUGGCUCAGCUUGCUGCGGCACCCAACCUGCAUGUCAUUGCCUCCAUCGAUCACAUCAAUGCCCCCCUUGCUUGGGACCAGUCCAAGAUGAGCCUAUUCAACUGGCUGUGGUAUGAGACCACCACCUACCAGCCUUACGUAGAGGAGACAUCCUAUGAGAACUCAUUGCUUGUACAGCAGUCGGGUGCCCUGGCCCUCAGCUCACUGACUCACGUCAUGCGUAGUCUGACACCCAAUGCACGGGGAAUAUUCCAGCUGCUGGCAGAGUUUCAGCUGCAGAACAAGGACAACCCGUCCUACACAGGUUUGUCUUUUCAAGAUUUUUAUCAGCGUUGUCGUGAGGCGUUCCUGGUGAACAGCGACCUCACCCUGAGGACACAGCUGACGGAAUUUAGAGACCACAAACUGAUCAGGACCAAGAAGGGCGUGGAUGGCGUGGAGUACCUGAUUAUACCAGUGGAUGCUGCGACACUAACAGAUUUCCUAGAGAAGGAGACUGAAGACUGAUGGAUUGGCUGGACUGAGCUGGCAUGUGGCCUGGACUGGCACUUUUUACAGUUUCAGUGUUCCUGAGAUAUGGUAGCAGGCAACAACAUUGAAACUGCUUGUCUGCACUGAUGGUAACUGCAGUGUUCACAAAGAUGUAGGAUGUGAAAUCAUGAAUCAUGUGACUGGAAGAUUCUCACUUUGUAAGACUUUCUAUUUUUAUAGUUAAACAAAAUUGCAAAAGUUUAA